AUGGGUGAGGUGUCGUGUUUUCUGAUCGGCAUGGCCCUGGCCUUGAUCCCGAGGGCCUACGAUCACUUCAUUCAACAGACGGAGCGACACGAACGGGAUUUGAAGGCUUCGCAGGGCGGACUCUCCGACGCGGAGGCGCGUCUCCUCCAGGAACUUCAAACUUCUAUCUUCUGCUCGGGUGAGGAAUAUCAAAUGUCGGCGUUUCGUUUGAUCCUUCUUGAAGUAAACGGAACGGACAGAUACCGUCGCUGCCGUUUCCGGAACCUCUGUUACCAGCCGCCGUCGCCGGAGGAAUCGCGCCCGGGCGACUUCUUCGCCCUCGUGAAUCACAACUCCACGUUCGUGGGAUUGGACGACCGCAACGAAGACGGAAAUUGGACCGGAUUCCACCGACUGGUGCAACUGACGUCGGUCCGGGACCUGAACCAAUUCGCCAUGUCCGUCCAGGCCCUGCCGUUGAGGGCGGACGUGGUCCGCCGUUUCAACGUGCAGCACGUGACGAGUCCCGUUUUCCUCAUGUCCCGAUCCCUCCCGUCCAACCUGGCCCACCUGUUCGUGGAGAACCUGAUCCCGCUUUACUUCACGCUCGAGGACCUGUGCGUCGGCGACGUCGGGUCGUGCGUCCGCACCAUCUUCCUCAUGUUCCUCGACCGAGACCCCGAGUCGGUGCAGCUAAGGAAUCCGUCCUGUUGA